AUGGAAAUGGUUGACAAGAAUGCAUGCCUUCUGCUUUUGAGCAUGGAGGUGGUUGCACCAUAUGCAGAGACACUUAUCUCCGGUCAGGUUACAUUUGGAUUGCUUGUUACCUCUCUUAUCAAUAGGGGCAUUGAUGUUGAUAAAGUCGCUGGUCUCCCUGCCGCUAGUGGUAUUAGCAUCCCUUACAAGAUCAGCCCCUCCACUGACUGCUCCAAGUACGUUAAUUCACCUCCUUCCCGUUAG